AUGGCCGCUAACCGCAAGCAGAAGGCCUGUGUUGCAUGUUUCCGCGCCAAGCAAAAGUGCAUUUGUGUUCCACAAGCCAAGAAGUGGUGGCUUCUCAUCGCCCUUCGCGUCCAGCAGCCACAGCAGCGCCGGGCCCUUGCCGCCGCGGUCUCAGACAUCCAGGCUGCGAUGGCUUGUGCUGCUGGUGAUUCUGAUUCGGAUGCAGAGUUUAUUUAUGCCCCUGCCGCUGCCGAUGUCUCUGCUUUCCCCGCUGUUGCGGUGGUUGUGCCGGCCCUGGCGGCUUCUCUUUCUGUCUCUGCAGAGCUGUUGGCCCCUGAGUUCCCGACUCCCGAGGCGCCAGUAACUCGGUCGGCCGGUGCUGAGGGCUUGAGCUCACAGACACUUUGGAUGUAA